AUGGACGACGACUGGGACCGAACCACCGAGUCUAUCAACUCUGAAUCCUCCGAUGAACUCUACAACACCCGUCCCAACCGUUGGCGCGGCGCCAAGUCCACCUGGAGAGAACGCAACCGCGAGGACUGUGGCGUGUACGAGGGCCUCGAAGUCCUACGGAGGUCUGAUCUCGCUGUUCAUCUGUACAAUGCAUUUGCGUUGAAGAACGGGCCGCGGAGGAAGAUUGGACCUAACGGAGAGUUGGAGGGUUACGAAGAUGAUAAAGAGAAGUGGGUGCCGCCUCGCGCAUGGACAGCCUGGCCCAUGAAUGUGGAAUAUGUGCCCAAGGAUGAUUUUAUGCCGAUGCAGCCGCUCGAUGAGAACAGUGCGUUGACUUUUCGGAAGAUGGAGAGGGCGGUCCCGAGUGCGGCUUUGGCGGAGGAGAUUGAGGCGUGUAUUUUGAGGGUGGCGAAGGAGAGAUUUUGGAAAAGGGAGGAGAUUGGGGAGGACGAGCAGGAGGAGGGCAGCGGAUCAGAUGAGGAGGGAGAGGGCGAGGUGACCUCAGAAGAGGAAGAGAUGGAUGGGAAUGGGGAGGAGGGGAUCAACGACGGGGCUGGGCCCGGACGCAAGAGCAGAGAGGCGACUCCGGAGCUGGUAGGGGUGCCCUCGGCUGACGACGAAGUUUCGAGCGCUAUUCUACGGCCAUCCGUUGGGGACAUCAUCGGGAAGCUGGAAAAGACUCUCCUUUCUCUGCAUAACAUGAUGGUCGCGACCGCCCAGGCAGUUGAAGACGAGGAGGAGGAUACUGAUGCUGGAGAGGGGAGAAAACGAAGAACCCUGAGGUCUCUUUCUCGACCGAGGAACAAGGGGAAGCGACCUAGAGCACCAAGCGAGCCCCUAUCUAUCACGACUGAAAACCAAGAUGAUAGCCGCCAUGCCUCUCCGCAAAAAAAGCUAAAACCAUUGUCAAGCUCGCAACUCCGCCCCUCCGACACUUUAGCAAUCGAAGAAGAGACGGACAGAACCUCACUCUCACCAUCUCUGUCCCCAUCGCCGUCCCCAAUGCCAACACAGCAAAGCAGAGACCAAUCCAAAUCGCCCAACAAGCCUAAUCACACCGAACACUUCCUGCAAAAGCAUGCAGAUCGCCUCCUAAGCUUAACACCCAGAGACUGGCGGGCCGUCCUAGGAGCUGCUUCCAUAGCCGGCUUCUCACCAGCCGUAAUCACUCGCGCAACCCAACGGUGCGCCUCCCUCUUCAAGGAAGAAGUCGACCUCACCACUCUCCUAGAUCACACCACCCAGCGGGACACGAAAACGGCCAUCCGGCCGCGUCCAGAUUACACACUCUCUUCCGACGAGGACAAUAGCGACGACGAGCUGGAAGAGACCAUCCGCCUAAGACUCCAAGGUCGAGAACUCACACGCGCGCAAGAUCAACUGCCUCACCCAUCCACGCCGACCUCCCGCCAACGAAGUCGAACCCCCGCGUCGAGACGCACGCCCGAAGGUGCCUCCACGCCGCGGUCCCGAUCUCGAUCUCGCUCGCGCUCAGCAACUCCGCACCUCGUCUGUCCGUAUCGAACGUGUCAGCGCUCCGUAACGCCCUUUUCGAAGAGGAGUAAUUUACAGCGACAUAUAGAUAAAGUGCACGGGGGCCGAGGCGGGGAGUUUGAGGAGGUGGAUUCGGAGGAUGAGAUGGAGGACGGGGUGCAUGUUGAUGGGUUUUUGAGGGGGGUUAGGAUUAGGAAGGGGUGGAGGGGGGAGGAUGUUAGGGAGGAGGAGAGGGGAAGGAGGGGGAGGGGGCGGAGGGGGCGGAAGGGGCAGGGUGAGGCCGAGGAUGUCGAGGCUGGUUAUGGGGGUGGUGAUUAG